GCAGCCAGGCAGCCAGGCGCAGGAAUCAAGGACCCCCUUCCCGCACUGCAGGGCUCAGGCUCCGGGACAGGGCGGCGGCGGGCGCCCGCGGCUGCCGCAGCCUGCGUGGGUGGACACGGGAGCUCAACUCCGGGGAGCAGGCGACCUGCAUCGGCUGCAUGGAUCUGCAAAGCUCGCUGCUGCCCACUGGCCCCAACGCCAGCAGCAACACCUCCGAUGGGCCGGAUAACCUCACCUCCGCCGGGUCACCUCCACGCACAGGGAGCGUCUCCUACAUCAACAUUAUUAUGCCUUCUGUGUUCGGCACCAUCUGCCUCCUGGGCAUUGUGGGAAACUCCACAGUCAUCUUUGCAGUGGUGAAGAAGGCCAAGUUACACUGGUGCAGCAACGUCCCUGACAUCUUCAUCAUCAACCUCUCUGUGGCGGAUCUCCUUUUCCUCCUGGGCAUGCCCUUCAUGAUCCACCAGCUCAUGGGCAACGGGGUCUGGCAUUUUGGGGAGACCAUGUGUACCCUCAUCACAGCCAUGGAUGCCAAUAGUCAGUUUACCAGCACCUACAUCCUGACUGCGAUGGCCAUUGACCGCUACAUGGCCACCGUCCACCCCAUCUCUUCCACCAAGUUCCGGAAGCCAUCCGUGGCCACCCUGGUGAUCUGUCUCCUGUGGGCCCUGUCUUUCAUCAGCAUCACCCCUGUGUGGCUCUAUGCCAGGCUCAUCCCAUUCCCAGGGGGUGCUGUGGGCUGUGGCAUCCGCCUGCCCAACCCAGAUACUGACCUGUAUUGGUUUACCCUGUACCAGUUUUUUCUGGCCUUUGCCCUGCCCUUUGUGGUCAUCACAGCUGCAUAUGUGAGAAUCCUGCAGCGUAUGACGUCCUCGGUGGCCCCAGCUUCUCAACGCAGCAUCAGGCUACGGACAAAGAGGGUGACCCGUACGGCCAUUGCCAUCUGCCUGGUCUUCUUUGUGUGCUGGGCGCCCUACUACGUGCUUCAGUUGACCCAGUUGUCCAUCAGCCGCCCAACCCUGACGUUUGUCUACCUGUAUAAUGCAGCCAUCAGCCUGGGCUACGCCAACAGCUGCCUCAACCCCUUCGUGUACAUUGUGCUCUGUGAGACCUUCCGCAAACGCUUGGUCCUUUCCGUGAAGCCAGCAGCUCAGGGCCAGCUGCGCACUGUCAGCAACGCCCAGACGGCUGACGAGGAAAGGACAGAAAGCAAAGGCACCUGACGUUUUCCCUGCCACCUCCAAGUCAGGUCACCACAUCCAGCUGAGGGGAGAGAUGCUGAGACCAACCCCAGGCUCUCCUGGGGGAUUGGCAUGGAAGCUGGAGGGUGAUGGGCUAUUACAAUUACAUUCCACUGGGCCCACAAAUUACUGGGAAGCUUGGAACCAGGUUGGGGGGGGGUGGGCUUCAGACAUCAGAAAUUCCUUCUGUAAAACGGAAGCAGAGCAAGAAGAGGUUGGUUUGACCGUUUUGCUGAGGCCUGUAUCUGUUAGCUCCCCUAAACCUUCCCCCCCCCCCCCAGGGAACACGUUGAAGGCUGCUAGCUGGUUUUGUUGAAAAUCAGACAGGGCCAGGAGUUGGGCGGCUGGGGUCAGAUUGCCCAGGUGGCACUGCCCAAAAGCUCUCUCCCAUUUCUCAAGGCGGCGUUUCUCCCAAGCUGCUGGGUGGUGAGAAGUGAAGCACCCUGUCUCGGUUUCAGCAUCCCAUGUUGAUUCCCCUGCAUUCCCCAAGGGAUGCAUGCUUGUAUUGUAUUGGGGGUGGGGCAGUCAGCCCACAGGAGUGAAAGCCCAGUUUGUGGAAAGAUCUAAUAACUGAGAACGACAUGGCAACCUGGGGUGGAGGUGGGGAUUUGGAAACUAACACGAGGGCAGGGAGCUUUCGCAGCUGCCGGCACGUUUUGUCUUCGCGGGGCACACUCGCCAGCCAGGGGCUGGUCCAGAGUAAGCGCUCAUAUGUUCUGCAUGCACAGGGGUCCCUCUGGCACUUGAUGUGUUGGCAUCAGCCUUUUGCUCCAGCCUCUUCCUCCCCCCCAAUCAAGACAAAUAAAAG